UUGCAUUGUUGUGCCGUGCGUGUCAGUGCGUUGACGGCAGGGAAAAUGUUAGCUAUGCGUCGCGAAAGUGAACCCAUCUACGGUAGUGUAAGUGCAACGUCGAACCUCAAUCUGCUGCAUCACCACGCGCACCACCAUCACCACAGUCACCACCAUCAGCAGGUGCAGUCUCCGUCCGGACAAUCGCAUCCUUCCAACGGUACUGUUGGUUCGGACGCAUCGCCCAGUACGCGCCCGUCCGAGAACGGAACUUUGGGCGAACCGUCGGCCUUGGUCGGGCCGGAUCAUACGGUUGACCAGGGUGGUGUGUACCAAGGGCACCAUCUCGCUCAGCAACAGCAGCCACAGGAUCAUCAGCCAACGCUGCACCAUCACCAUCAUCAUCACCAUAGUCACCGGACGUCGUUGUCACCGGUAACGUCGGUCAGCUUCGGGCACGCCGGAUUUGCCAGUCUCUGCAACGGUUCGUCGACCGUCGGCGGCCUGUAUCCGGGAUUUAGCAGCUUCGGACUGAACGCCUCCAACGGUGGUUCCUUGCCGACUGGACGCUCCACACACCCGGCGGCAUCCAGUCUCGACGAGUACGUCGAUAUACUGCAGGUCCAGCAAUUGCUGCUGGAGAAUUCUUCAUCGGCAGCCGCAUCGGCGAGCAGCUCGACGGUGGCGAGCAUAACAACAGCAUCCUGUACCUCCACCACCACCACCGCCACCACCACCAUCUCCUCAUCCCCUUCCAUCCCCACCAGUGUUCCUUCCUCGUUGUCCCAUCACCUUCCCUCGGUCACUGCAUCCUUUUUCUCGCCAGCAUCUGCCCCAUCGACCUCGCUAGCUUCCUCAGCGUCGUUCAAUGCUAAAAACCGUCCAAAAGUGAAUCUCCAGAAAGCGGCCGAGUUUUCAGCGGCAGCGACAUCAGCAAACCAGCUUCAAGGCGAAUCGCCCUCUAAAAGACUGCUCUUUGAUUACCCGAGCCCAUAUUUGUAUGGUAAUUAUCAUCCGUCGCCGAGUGACGAUCUGGUCGCUUUAUGGUUUGGAAGUAACGGAACAGGUGGCGUUGCCCCUGGACCACCAGCAGCUGCCAUGAUCAUGGAAGGGCUAGAAACGUUGGUUGCGCCAUCGCAUCACACAUUCCUGCUGACCGAGUCAGCGGCCGCAGCACACUUCAACGUGCUGAGCUUCGACACGUGCGGCCUGUUUAAGACGGGCACCACGACGACCUCGCUCGGGCUGAACAACAACAGCACGACGACACCGAACAACAAUCAUCACCAUCAUCUGUAUCACCCGUACCAUCAUCAAACGGCCGUUAGUACUGCGACCGCGCUUUCCCAUCAUCAGCCUCAUCAUCACCAUCAUCAUACGGCAACUCAGCAACAUCAGCAGCAGCAACAGCAACAACAUCAGCACAAUUCAUCCGCAAGUACGAUUGUCUCCUCGUCGACCGUAUCAUCAGCGAUAGCCAGUGCUGCCAGCUCAACCGCGAUCACUACGCACACGACAGCCACGACAAGCGUGACCGCUUCGCACACAUCCCACGGCCACGGCCACCAUCAUCACAACCAUCCGCAUCUAAGUCUGCUGAGUACCGGCGGCAGUGGCAGCGUUACUACCGGUGGCGCCGGCCAUCACUCGAACGAUAGCUCGACCCUACACUCCGGCACCGGUGACGAUCAUUCGCAAUCGCAAACAGACGCACAGGCCGGCGAUCUCAACACACCCGUAACCACCUCCGGUGACAUCCCGUCGUUCUUUGGCCCAUCGACGGUCGUCGAACCACCACCGAUUACCGGAUCAAUCGAAUCGGACGAUCUCUCGCUGGAACCGCAAACGGUGUCCAGUCCAUGCGUCAGCCUCUGCAGUCCAACCAAGCAGGAGCGCAGCACACCGCAAUCGAUCGCCAACGAGGAAGAGGCUAGCAAUACCAGCAGUACCAAUACGAUGUACCCAUCGUCCGGACAACAGCAGCAGCAGCAGCAGCAGCAGCAACAGCAGCAACAGCAACAGCAACAGCAGCAACAACAACAGCAGCAGCAGCAACAACAGCAACAACAACAACAUUCGCUCCACGGUCAGAUUCGCGUUGCCGGUUUGGCCAGCGUUACGGGUGGCGCCGACAUGCAUCACGGCAGCAAUGACGGUGUCCAAUCGUCUGAUGCGAUCGAGAACAAGAUCUCUUACCGCGGCAUUUUCACGACGAGCGGUAGCCCCGGCAUGGGUCUGCAGGCGGGCAAUGUGAUGCCGGGCUCGGGUCAGAUGUCGCCGACAGCCGGUUUGGGUCCGGCCAGCUGGGGUUUGCCCAGCCCGGACAAGAGCCUUUUCCAGGCGCCCAUGUUCAGUCUGCUCGGACCGCAGGCCACCAGCGCAACACAAGGCGUGUCGGCUACCUCACCAACGAUCGGCCAGCACCAUCAGCAUCACUACGGAACUGGCGGCGAUGAGCGAGGUCACAGCCACGGGCAUGGUUCCGGUAGCGAACUGCUCGGCCUAAACAUGGACUGUGCGAGCAUCAUCCUGAAGCAGCCACCGAGCUACAACAGCUGCGUCGGCUCGCUGGACAUGCAGCAAAGCCAGGACAUGCAUUCGUACGGCCGGCAGAGCCAGGGAGGUUUGGGCAUGAGCCAGAAGUACCAGUGGUUAGAUUCACCCGUUGAUCCGUACGUCGGUAGCCCUCAGCACGGAUCCGUCGUCCUGCCCGGUCCCUCGUCUACGCCCAUCUCCGUGGGUCCAAUCAUUCCCAAGCAGGAACCGUACUCCACACCGAACGCCUGCACGUCCGAUUCGAGUCAGCUCGGUGGAUUGACACCGGCGCAAGCCGCUCAGCAGGCCCAAUAUGCCGUCCAGCUGGCUGAGUACAAUCAGGCAACUAGCAAAGGUCACGAGAUUCUUUCGCAGGUCUAUCAGCAGAGCACGAUGCCGUUGAAGCUGGUGCCAGUCAAGCCGAGAAAGUACCCGAACCGACCGAGCAAGACACCCGUGCAUGAGCGGCCCUACGCCUGCCCGGUAGAAAACUGUGACCGGCGGUUCUCGCGCUCGGACGAACUGACCCGACAUAUCAGGAUCCACACGGGCCAGAAACCGUUCCAGUGUCGGAUCUGCAUGCGCUCGUUUAGCCGAUCGGACCACCUGACGACGCACAUCCGUACGCACACCGGUGAGAAACCGUUCUCCUGCGACAUUUGUGGCCGAAAGUUUGCCCGCUCGGACGAGAAGAAGCGUCACGCCAAGGUGCAUCUGAAGCAGCGCAUCAAGAAGGAGAAGAACGCCAGCAGUGGAGGUAGCAGUGCCAACAACAGUGCCUCCAGUGCUCACCAUACCCACCACGCGCAACAACAGCAGCAACAGCAGCAGCAGCAGCAGCAACAACACCAUCAUCAACAGCAACACCAUCAGCAGCAGCAGUUGGGCCAUCACCAGGGACAUCCGGGGAUGCACGCACAUCAUCUGCUUACGCACGACGAUCUCACCGGAAUCCCGAUCGUGUCAUCCUCAUCGAACCCGGCCAACAGCAGCUUGUAGACCGAGCUUUCGUCGAUCGAUAUUAUGCGAUUGAAUGAUCCCCAGAUCGAGCUAGUCCACGACGAUCCGUUCAUGGGCUACAUCAACGAAGAUACCACCGUCGAAGCAGCAUCCGUAUCGGACCGGAACGAAGUUACCGUCGCAGCGGCUUCCCCGCUCGCCAUCGUGGAUGAA